CGACAAAGAAAAGCUGCCCCCAAGCAAUAACUCGUCUUCAACCUCUCAAUUAUUCUCUUUUUAGGGUUUGUCCGAUUGUAAUCAUCCCCUCAAAACACAAUUAUUUAUCGAUGGACGACCCGGCGUUGAGUAAUCAACGUAACCAAUCAUCUCCGGCAACUCCCCAUCUCAACCUCCCGUCGAGAAUGUCCGACUCUUCCCUCCAUCUCGAAAACGGUCCGUCUCGGUCUUCUCGGACAAUGCACAUCAACCGUCUGCUGAACUACAACUACAACAGCUCUCCGUCGCGCACAAUUUAUUCAGAUAGGUUCAUUCCCAGUAGAUCGGGAUCCAAUUUUGCCCUUUUUGACAUCUCAAAUUCACCGACUUCAGCUGAAGGAAAAGAAGAUGGCUCUGGUACUUAUCACAGCCUUUUACGUUCUGCGCUUUUUGGGCCCGAUACACCAGACAAGAAAGAUCCAUUGGGACCUCCGGCUUGCCGUAAUAUUUUCCGAUUCAAAACAGAAACUAAACGGCCAUUACAUUCGCUUUCACCUUUCGGACUUGAUGAAUCGGUUCCCGGAAUUAGCCAUAGCCCAGUUAAGGCUUCCAGGAAAGUUCCCAGGUCACCUUACAAGGUUUUGGAUGCACCUGCAUUACAAGAUGAUUUCUAUUUGAAUUUGGUGGAUUGGUCAUCAAAUAAUGUGUUGGCUGUGGGGUUGGGGAACUGUGUUUAUUUGUGGAAUGCUUGUAGUAGUAAGGUUACCAAGUUGUGUGAUUUGGGGAUCGAUGAUAGUGUGUGUUCAGUUGGUUGGGCUCAACGUGGAACUCAUCUUGCGGUUGGGACUAGCAACGGAAAAGUUCAGAUCUGGGAUGCAACUCGCUGCCGGAGGGUAAGAACAAUGGAGGGGCAUCGGUUACGUGUUGGGGCCUUGGCGUGGAGCUCUUCUCUGUUAUCUUCUGGUAGUCGUGAUAAGAGCAUUCUUCAAAGAGAUAUACGUGCUCAGGAUGAUUUUGCUAGUAAACUCUCCGGUCACAAGUCAGAGGUUUGUGGACUGAAGUGGUCUUAUGAUAACCGGGAACUAGCAUCAGGUGGAAAUGACAACAAACUUUUCGUUUGGAAUCAACAUUCCACUCAGCCUGUCCUGAAAUACUGUGACCAUACUGCUGCUGUAAAAGCAAUUGCAUGGUCUCCCCAUCUACAUGGCCUUCUUGCAUCUGGGGGUGGUACAGCUGAUCGAUGUAUUAGAUUCUGGAAUACAACCACUAACACACACUUGAGCUGCAUGGACACUGGAAGUCAGGUAUGCAAUCUCGUUUGGUCUAAGAAUGUUAAUGAACUUGUCAGCACUCAUGGAUACUCUCAAAACCAGAUAAUUGUUUGGAGAUACCCUAUGAUGUCAAAGUUGGCUACUCUUACGGGCCACACAUACAGAGUCCUUUAUCUAGCCAUCUCACCUGAUGGACAGACAAUAGUUACUGGAGCUGGAGAUGAGACGCUAAGGUUUUGGAUUGUGUUCCCUUCUCAGAAAUCUCAGAACACUGAUAGCGAAAUAGGAGCAUCAUCUUUGGGGAGAACCACGAUUCGCUAAGUUGAAGAAACGAUGCUGUAAGCUCGGGGUUUAUCAGAUAUUCAUACGCUUGUGAGCAUUCUCAUGCUCUGAAUUUGCAGCAGGACAGGGGCAGCAACUAUUUUAUUGUUAGUUUAUUGAUUUUGGAUCCCAGUUUUCAUUUUGAUUAAUGUAAAAGAGGGAGUUGUUGCAUCAAUUGUCGGUAGCCGCUCCCUCCCUCCCUUUGUAAAUUAAAAAGGUCGCAGAGUUUGUCACCGUAGCACGUUUCUUUGUGUUUGUAAAUAAAUUCAUACUAAAGGGUUUUUGUAAUGCGAGUAAAUUUGAAUUAUUAUUUAUUU